AUGCUGACAGCAGAACAGCGGGAGCGAAUGCUGCGCAACAAGCAGGCCGCCCAAGAACGCCUUGAAAGUAGCAGAAAGAAGCAAUGCACGGGCAAUGCUUUCAUUCCUACGGGAAACCCUUACUUCUCUGUCAGCUCUUCUGAAAAGACUGGACCAAAUGCAAGGGGCCCAAUCACUGGAAACAUUUCCUCUGAAUCAGCUGGUGCGGACCUUCCUAACAGUUCCAGUAUCCGCACAUUUCCCAAUCUGUCUGAGCUGGGACAGUCUCAUAUGGCAAAGCAGGCCGCGCCGCCGUUGUGGGUCAAGGAGGGUGCUCGCAGUGUGUUGGGGCUUCUCAACGGGAAUGCUGUGUCAUCACGGCCUGCUGUAGGGCAAAGCCCGCAAAGCAUCAAGCCAAUAAACCCCAAUGACAGAGCUGCCAAUGACAGGACCCCUUGGCAGCUACCAUCACUCCCCUUGGUUUCCACAUCCUCGUCUCAAAGGGAGGUCUCGCAGCAGUCUCAAGGUGCAUCUGGCAGCGGCGUCUUCUUAGCAGCAUCACUUCAGGCUUGCAGCAAGUUGCCUCCCACCAAUCAGGGGCUGCCACCUGGCACUAUACAAUCCAAGUCCACUGGCACUCAUGCACCUGAUCUUCGCAACCCCACUGCUCUGAAGCCUCAGGUACAGAGUCCUGCGCAGUUUGAGGAUAGCCCUGAAUUUGACGACAACUGGUUGCAAGAGAUAGACAGCCUGUGUCAGCAGACUCCCCAGCGCACAGUCGCUCUGCCUGGUGCGGAGAGUGUCAAGAGCUGCGCUAGGGAAGAGACUGGGGAGCAUGCGACACCGCAGCAACGGAGGGGAGGUUUUGGAGAACGUGGUGUCAUUAGUUGGGACUGCGAAGCAGGGCCGGCGGAGGUGACACCAAAGGGGGCGAUCCGCGCUGGGACGCGGCAGCUGAGGCAGGAGUCAAUCCAGUUUCAGAUCCGUAAGUAUCCUAGCCCAAGUGCCUCGUCAUCUAAACCAAGACGGGGUUUACAGGGAGGGCCAAGCUGCCAAUCUUUACCGGCCGACUCCCCGCAGGACCAACGCCCUGACCCUCUCGCUAACCCGCCUCUUAACCCCGUUGCGAACAGCCCCCAAAGCCCGCUCCAAACCCAGCUCUGCAGUCCCACAGCAAUUCAAGUUCGUCACUCCUUUCCUGGAAGCAAAGGAGGAACACCCGCGCAAAAUCCUCAAACCUUCGCAACAACGUUAACGGUGCCCGCCCCGCCCCCUCUCCCCCCCCCUCGGGAGACCUCCGCAGACUCAGACGGCCAACCACUGGGAUCAGAGUCUGAAUUGCCCUCCCCCCCACAACCACCAGCGUCCUUGCUAGCCCAUCUCGACCCCCCCAUUGGCGAGGACGACGGGAUGCCGGGGUAUUUACGCAAGCUGAACCCGUCCCAGAGGGAGGCGGUGUUAAUGGGCGCGGACCGGCCGCUGCUGGUGCUGGCGGGACCGGGGUCGGGGAAGACGAGUACCAUGGUCGCCAGGCUGCUGUACCUGCUGAGCCAAGGCGUAAAAGCGUCCCAGGUGCUGGCGCUGACGUUCACGAUCGCGGCCGCGUCCGAGAUGCGCGAGCGCGUGGCGCGCGAGGUGGGCAAGACGACCGCGAAGGAGCUGACCAUCACCACCUUCCACUCCUUCUGCCUGCAGCUUUGCCGCACGCACGCCAAAAAGCUUGGGCGCACCCCCCAGUUCCUGGUUUACGGCCCCUCGCAGCAGCGGCGCGCGGUGGUGGAGGCGCUGCGACUGAUUGCGGGCGAGCGGGGGGGUGAAAACGCCGGGCUGAUGGACCCCCGGCAGGCGAAGAUGCAGGCCAAGAAGUGGGAGAAGUUCAUUGCACAAGCAAAAGCGGACGGCAAGACGCCUGACUUCUAUGCGCGAAGCGGCAACACAGAGGGCGCCGCAGUUCUGGGGCACUACGAGGAGACGCUCCGGCGGUGCGACGCUCUGGACUACAGCGACUUCAUCAGCUGCGUCGUGCGGUUGCUCGAGACCGACUCGGAAGUUUCCAGCACGUGCGAGGCCACGUGGACCCACGUGCUGGUCGACGAGUUCCAGGACACGAGCGCGCAGCAGUACCGCUUCCUGCGCGCGCUCGCGCCGCACAAGCGGAUCACCGUUGUGGGCGACGAUGAUCAGUCGAUCUUCAGCUUUAAUGGCGCCAACGCGGGGGGCUUCGGGGCGUUCCGAGCGGACUUCGUCGGGCAUAAGGAGGUCCGUCUCCAGCAGAAUUACCGCUCGACGGGCGUCAUCGUCGCGGCCGCGGCCGCCCUGAUCGCGCGCAACCGCGCGCGCUGCGUCGACAAGCGCGCGUUCACCGACAACGCUGCCGGGGACAGGAUCGCCGUCGUCGAAUGCCGCACGGAGCCGGCGCAGUGCGCGUUUGUCGUUGACAGCAUCCUGAUGGCCAUCACCGGCAACGGUAGCGGUAACGGUGAGGGGCCGAAGUGGGGCGACUUCGCGGUGCUGUACCGGCGGCAGGUGACGGGUAAGGCGUUCCAGGAGGCGUUCCGCGCGCGGAAGAUUCCGUUCAACUGCCACGGGGUGGCGUUCUACCGGAAAAAGGUCAUCCGCAACGUUCUCGCGAUGCUGCGGUUGAUGGUCGACCCGUCGGACCCCGCGGCCGGGCGGCGCGCCUUCAAGGCCCUGUUCGGGGAGGAGAAGGAGGAGCGCAAGAAGGCCGUGGACUACGUCGAAAAGAUGUCCCGCUCCAACAAGGAGGGCUUCCUGGCCACCUGCCGGGGCGUCUUCGCGGCGAAAGUCUCGGGCACGCUGUGCCGCAAAACCCUCGCGAAAGGCAAGAAGGCGGUCGCCGCGAUCGACACCCUGAUCAAGCUGGCGUCACGCGAGACGUCACUCUCCGCGCUGGUGACGUCAGUCGUGCAGUGCCUGCCGGCGCGGCCGGCCUUUGCCGCGCGGGCCGCGGUGGACGAGAGCGGGGGGAAGUACCUGAACGAGGAUGACGAUCCUCGCACACUCCUGACGGUUCUCAUGGACGACGUUGACGACUUCCUCCGCAACCAUUACUGCCCAGCUGACGUGGCACCCCCGGAGCCGAUCAUUCCCGACGCACGUGAAACAGGGGGGCGUUCGCACCAGCCAAAUCUCCCCCCUGUUGAAAGGAACCAUUCAUUGCCCGCGCACUCUUCUGAGAUCGUCUUCCCGUGUGAUACAACCUCUGCCCAAAGGCGCAGUGUUGAUGGAAAUCCGGAACCCUUCGCUUACCUUGACCCUAACCAACCCCAAGGAACACGAGCCGAGACGUCAGUCGCUGACAUCGACCUGGAGCAUCAAGAGGAAAACCACCGGGGGUGGCUGCUUUCUGAACCGAGGUCUCACAACGACUCUAACCAGCCGCAAACCGACUCUAACCAGACCCGCAACGACUCUAACCAGACCCGCACCACCGCUAACCAAACCCAUAACGAAGCCACCGGGUUAGGUUUCAUGCGACCGGUGGUUUCCCCCGGGCGCGGCUGCGUGGGUUUGGUUAAGGUUUUCCUUGACCACGUGAACGUCCGGGAGGGUCAGAACUUCAAGACGCGGCGGGAGGAGAACCAGGACUCGGUUACGCUAACCACGAUGCACCAGUCGAAGGGCCUGGAGUGGGACACCGUAUUUGUGAUCAAGGUUAACGAUAACGAGACGCCGUUACUGCACGAGGACGUGCACGGGAGGGUGGAGGAGGGGGCGGCAUCGCUGGAGGAGGAGCGCCGCCUCUUCUACGUGGCCAUGACGCGCGCCCGCAAGCGCCUCUUCCUGACGUAUGUCGUGACGGACUCGCAACGUCAGCAACUCAGCCCCUCGCGCUUCCUUUGCGAGCUCCCUCAUAAUCUGCUCUCGUGGCAGGGUGGCAACGGCGCCCCGGCAAACCUCCCCUCCGCGCCGGAGAUGGCCUGUCAGUGGGGUAACGGCGGCCGGGCAAACUUCCCCCCGGCACAGGAGAUGGACUGUCAGCGGGGCGGACCCGGGGAAAUCAGGUAUACUGUGAACGGGGAAGGGGGGGGAAUCGGCCCAGCACCGAAUGGCGCCGGCGGAGCGGCGGAGCAGUCGGCGGGGGGCAUGCGCUUCUUGCAAAGAUUCCCGGUCGAGUCGCGCGGUGUUAUUGCCACGCUGUUGCACAAGUGGGCCAAGGCGGCCGCGUUCCAGGAGCCGACGCGGCUCCUCAAAAAGAUUGGGUUUGUCGUUGAUGAGAACCUGCGGAGCAAAAAGUGCAAAAGCAAGGACACGAUGCGGGCGCUCAAGAGCGCUCUGGAAGAGGCUGACGCCGUGGCUUAUGCACAGCAUGUCAUCCACUUUGAGCAGCUGCCCUUGGAGGAACGGGCACUGUUACAGGCGGAACGGCAGGAGCACUUUCAGCAGCAGUGCAGCGACCGGGCGAUGGCGACCGCAUCUGUGACUGCGAAGCAGAUGGCAUACUUGAGGAGUCUGGGCUGCACCGCCAAUCCGACAAAUAGGCUCGAGGCGUCGAAGCUGAUUGAGCAUUACAAGUCUAUAUAAAACAGCGUUGCAUUUAUGCAUUCGGGAAAAUGCAAUCACUUAGACCCGUCAAAGAACAUUAGUGUAGUUUACCUCUAUAAAGAGGCGAAGCGCACGGGAGUCGACCAGCUUUCUUGGCGAUUCGAGCUUUGACUGGCCACACGGCCUUCCCACCGUCGAGCCAAUGGACAUUGCAUUGGAUUCGCUCCAUAAGUAUUCGCUCUUCAAGACAUGAACGCCU